AUGACGCUCUGGAAGAAACAGUUGGCGCAGCGCUUUCGUGGCGAGUCAUCCCUUGCGCGACGAUGCCUCUGCCCGCUGCCGACGGCCAUAUCCCAGCGCGUGGCCCACACCAUGGGCCGGUACCGUGCACCCAAAUUAUCCCGGGCUCCAAAUCUUGCUGGCUGGACCCUGAUGCCCGUCGUUGCCGCUGCCGCCAGUACGCGGCCGGCGAGCACCCCUAGCCCGGACACGGAAUCCCCCGGCCACGGGCUCCUGGGCACCCUCCCCUUCAGCGAGGACGAGUAUGUUCAAGUGGCGCAGGUGGCAGGGGUCCACGGAGUGCGUGGGGAGCUGCGACUGGAGCUAUCCACAGAUCAGCCGCGAGAGAGGUUCCGGGCGGGCAAGAGGCUGUAUCUGCUGCCGCCAUACUCCGCGCGAGGCAAGGAUUCAGCCGGGAGCGGUUUGCAGACAUUGCCUCUCAUACCGGUGACGGCCCGGGGCGCCAAGAUGCAGCCGCGGGGAAAGGGCGAGGAGGCAUGGGUGGUGGCGCUGGAGGAGGUGACCAGCCGGACGCAGGUGGAGCAGCUCCGAGGGUACCUGGUGUACUGUGCGGCUGCUGACCGGGGGCCCCUCCGGGACCCAGACGAGUUCUACGUCACCGACAUCAUUGGCUGCACCGUCAUCCACCAGGCCACAAGGUCCAUGGUUGGUCUGGUGGUGGAUGUGUACGGCGGUAUGGGCACCCACGACACCCUGCGCGUCAAGCUACGUGCGAAUGAGGAAGAUGUUCUCAAGUCCCGCAUCCGGUACUGCAUGAUCCCCUUCGCCAAGGCCAUUUGCCCCGUACUGGAUUUGACCAACCGCACUUUGGAGGUGGCGCCCCCGGAGGGGCUGCUGGAUCUGGUGACCGAGGAGAAGCUGAAGAAGCCGCUAUCGGAUGAGGCCAAGGCCAAGAAACUGGCCCAGCUGCGGGAGACGCUGGCAGGUGAGGCGGCGUCCAUACAGCAGCAGCAGCAGCAGCGAAAUCAGGCGGAGGAGGACGAUAACGACGAGGUGGAGGGGGCGGCAUCGGCAACUGCAGUCAAGGGUGGAAGGGCGGCGGCGGCGGCACCGCAGCAGCAACAGCAGCAGCAGCAGGGGCGCCGGCUACGGUCUAUGGCGGUCCAGGGCGUUGGCGUUGGCGCGGCGGAAGGGGUUGGUAGCCUGGGCGAGGGCAAGGCCCGGGAGCUUGGCGGGGGGGAAGAUCAAGCUGACAGGGGUGGCGAGGAGGAGGAUGGUGGCGAGGGCAGCGGCAGCGUUCUUGGCGGCUUGGCUUGGGGGCUUGUGGUACUCGACCCAGGCGAGGCCUGGGUUCUGGAUUACUCGGGCUCAGCAUUCAUCUCUGCUGAGGGGGUCCAUCAGGUCAUCAGCUGCCAGUUCCCAGUUGCGUUCGAACAAGGGUCAGAGUGGCUCGUGACUUUCGUCCUCGGGUGGGCCAUAUCAACAGUCGAUAAGUUCCAGGUCCUCAUAUUCGCGGACAGCACCCAGCGGUUCUUCCAGAACGAGGGCGAAAUUCUGCGCCUUGCCGGCUGGCGGUCCGGCAUCCCCACCUGCCUGGCACCGCUGUCCCGCGCCAUGGAGCGAGAGCUGCCAGCCAACGUGAGGCUCAGCCCCGGGGAGGUGGUUGGGCGGGAUAUGGUCAUGUCACUUCUGGCAGCCACCAAGAAACGAGAUGUGGUGGAGGCGCUGCGGGAUUGCAGCGACAAGGCGCAGUUGCGGCUACACCAGCUCAACCCCCACCACACUCCCCUUUCCCCCAUACGUUCGUGGUGGCAGGACAUGUGGAUGAGCGCCUCCUCCCCGACCGCGAUCAACCUACUUAACAACCUCCUAGGCCCCACUGCCCUCCUAACCUUUGACGAGUGGCUGCUGCUUAGCUCUACCCUGAACGCCACCUUGGCGGCUAGUGGCAGAAGAAGCACGAUAGAGGCCACCCUGCAGUUCUUACUGCCCAUAAUGCCCUUGUCGGGCAUGCAACCCGGCUGGCUGGCACUCGUGCCGGAUACGCCGCAGGUUCGUGCGUUCGCCGCCCACAUGUCGGCCACCACCCAUUUCUUUGACGACGUCUUUCUGGGCGUGUUCGACUCCGUGACAGCGGCCAUGGACGCAGCGGCGGUGGCCACGGAGCCUGCACCACGUGCGGCUGGGCCUAGUCGCCUGCUGAAUGGCACUGAUGACAAUGGAGGGGGAGGUGGCGGCGGCAGCGCACCGAAACGGGCGCUGAUGUCGCCCGGGCGGCUGUGGGCGGUGUUGGAGUUCACAUCGGGCCCCGACCCGGGGGUCGGUGUGGAUUAUGCCAUUCGCAUGAAUGCAAUGCAUGUGCCGGGUACCUUUUCGAAGCUAUCGCCGACCGCUGCCGUACUGCAAUGUAACUUACAGCCCGAGUGCCAGACUUGUAAUGGCGACUUCUUGGCCUACAUGGCAUCUGGCUUCAUGUCGUUACAGGCCGCUGUAGCCGGCUACGUAUUGGGCCCGAGUGGUGACGGGGCCGAUCGCGAGCGGCGCUGGUCCGAUGCCACCGCCUGGCUCACCCAACCCAACCCCACGGCCGCCAUGGCGGGUGGGGCGGGCAACAGAUCGUCGUGGCCCGGGCACGGAGAUGUGCUGCCACCGGAUCUGUACGGCAUAUGGUUCACUCCGCUGCCCAACAUGGGCCAGGAGAGGAAUGCUCUCUCGCUCUCCGCUGCACUUGCGGCCACGGUGAACGCGUUUUACGAGUACGGCGCCCCGUUGCUUGGCAUCUUGACCACUUGCAGCUUCUCCAUGCCAUUGAUGAUGCUGGUCAGGUCGAUGACCUCACAGCGGCAGUCGGGUCUGCAGCACCUGCUGCGGGUGGUGGGGCUGUCAAGCUGGGAGUGGCAGCUGGCCUGGAUGUGGGCAGGGGUAGCCCUGCUGGCCGCCAGCUUCGGGGCGGAGGCUCUCCUGGCCGGCAGCACGUACCUGCACCUGGUGCAACCGGGGCUGCUAGCGACGGUGAUGGCGGCGGCGGCGAUGGCGGCAGCGGCGUGGGGAGUGCUGCUGGGCUGCUGCUUCCAAGAUGCCAAAGUGGCGGCCACAGGCAGCUUUACGGUCACCUUGGCGGCCGGAUUGCCCUUCCUGGCCUUGUACAAUACGGCCCCCACGCAGCUGCUCGCUGCCAAGCGGACAUGUUGCCUGAUGUGGCCAUUCGCGCUGUCUGUACUGCUCCAGCGCAUGGCGGCGGGGCAUCAGCUGCGGCGGUACGGCGGUGAUCGGUCGAUCACUGCCGUACCGGGCCUGGAGUGGGGCUCCGCGACCCAUGGGCCGUUGUCUUCAGUGGAGCUGAUUGGGUUCCUGUUGCUGGAUGCCGUACUGUACUUGGCGGUGGCAGCAGCUCUUGCGGCGUUGCGGGAGAUGGCAGCUAGUCGAGUUGCCCCGGGGGCCAGCGGCAGCCAGGCGGCUGGCAGAGCUGAUUGUACGGCGGUGUUGGAGUUCCGCGGCGUGACGCACCGCUACAGGGGAGCCGUGCGCCCGGCGUUAGAUGACGUCAGCUUCACCAUGCGAGCAGGCGAGGCGGUGGCGCUCCUGGGCCGCAAUGCAGCGGGCAAGAGCACCCUGAUGGCAGUGGGCUGCGGCAGGAUGACGCCUAGUGGCGGAGGUACCGUACGCGUGAGCGGUUGCAGCAUGUACGGCAGUGGCGGCGCGUAUCAGCAGCUGGGCUACUGCCCCCAGGGGGACGUGCUGCUUCCCGACCUGACGGCCUGGGAGCACCUGCAGCUGGCGCUGACGUUGCGGGGAGGGGAAGGGAUUGGAGCUGGCGAGAGGACAGGAGGCCUGUGGGGCUGCGCCGCCUUGGGACAGUGGUUUCGGAGCCGGUGGCAGCUGCGCGCUGCGGCAGCCCAGCUGGCGAGGCGGGUGUCACUGCCGGAGGAUAUGCUGCAGGGCAUCUGGGGGGCGCUACUGGCCGCCAAGCAGGGCCCCUGGGGUGAGGGCGCCCGGAGAGGUGGUGCACGGGGCGUCAAGGGCGCGGGUGAAGACCCUGACCGACCCGCAGGCCGUGGCGCCGCACUGCUGUUCAUCAGCCACCAUUUGCCCGAGGUUGAGAAGCUGGCGGAUAUGCUGGCGGUGAUGGAGCAGGGCCGUCUGGAGUCCCUGAAGUCCGCAGCGGCGCUGCACUCCCUCCUCAAGGACGGGGCACAACGGGUCCUGAGGAUUACCACCCGCCCGGCACCGCCGCCGCCGCUGGGCCCUCCCGCUCACCCUGCCACUGGCGGCCCAGUCUUCACCAGGUCCCAGCUGCGAGACAUGAUUGUACGACAUCUCGGGGUAAUGUCGACACGCGUAUUGUACAGCAAUUGGACGUUCACGGCGGUGUAUAUGGAGUCGGUGACCACGGCGGCGGCGGAUUCGUGUGGGGCCUCUCUGGACAACCUGGAGUCGCUCGUGCGGCAGCUGCAGCUGCAGCAGCCACCCAGCGAAGGACCUGAGGGGGAUGCGGGUUCAGGGCCGGUCGCAGCCAUCGCCACCUCAACACUCGGCGGUGCCCAGCCAUCAGCCGCACCCGCUUUGGAGUGUGGCAGUGGGUGGGAGGCUCAGCCGCUGGUGGUGACUGGCUGUGGUGUGGAUCCUCCCUCCCUGGAGGAUGUGCUGCUGCUGGGCCUGGGAUCGGGAUCUGGAGGGGCGUUUGGGAACGUGGGCAGAUUCUCGAGUACGGCGGCGCACGGGGCCACUGGGGACAAGGCGCAACAGGCGAUCCAACCCAAUAGUGCAUCUAAUGCUGGCUUAACCGUCCUCGCGGGCUCGGCCGCCAGCACCGUUUCCGCCACCAUCACGACCGGCGGCACCUCCUCCCAGCCCGUCACCUCUGUCACCUCCCACAGCCAUGCAUCAGCCACCUUCACGGAAGCGCUCCAUCCCCAGCCUCGAUCGGGCUUCGCAGGUACCUUCCGGGGCAGCGGCGGCCUGUUGGCCGAUUUGAUCGCUUCCCUGCCACCACUUCUGACCAAGCAGCGGCUUACCUGGCUCCGAGACCUGCGCUCCAGCGCUCGCCUGCUGCUGCUACCCGUGGUGGUGGUGGGUGUGGCCAUUGUGGCUCUCAGCAUCCGACCACCCAGCACGGGACCUCCUGCACCCCUAAACCUGGCUUGGCUUGGACAGCAUCAACCCACGCCGACAGCUGGGUUGCCGUCAACCUGGCUGCAGGCAGCCGCAGCCGCCAGUUCUAGUGGUGGUCAGGAUGGCGGUGGGCUGUGGAAUGCAGCGAUGAACGCCUCCUCUCCUUCGGCGGUGGCUGCAGCCAUGGAGGCAGGGGGAUUGGCUGGGGCUGGAGUGGUGCCCCUGCGCGCGGAAUGGAUACGGGCGGCAGCGGAUAGGAGCCAGGACCCGGAUAAGGGCCACAGCAGCGCCGACGUCAGCACCUGGUUUUGGGGUCGGAGCAGGGCUGCGGCCGCGGUAACGGAGCCGGCAGCUGCGAAGGCUUUGGCGGCCACGGAAGAGCCCUCGCCACCUCUGCAUUCGGCCAUGGUCUUUGGUGACGCGGUAGCAAUGCAGCUGAAUCGUACGGCAUGGUCGGCAUUAGGAUGGGUUCUGGAGACAAUGCUGGUACCUACAGGCUACGAACCGGCGGGGGAGGUUGACCUUCCGGAGCUGCACAAAGCUACACAGGUGCUGCGGGAGGAGCCGGGAGCUCUCUGGAAGAUGGCGGAUUUCCUGUAUGACAGGAUACUGCUACAUGAGGUGAUAUCGCUUGUACGCUACGUGCGGGGGAGCGCCCAAAGCGCGGGCAGCAGGGCCAAAAGCGGGGGCAGCAGCCCCAGCGCCCAAGGAUUGGAGUCGGGCGAGGCCAGCUUGGGCAACACCACUUUUGGCCGUCAACCAGCUAGCCGCAGUGCUGCUGGUCUGUUUUCCUUCUUCCAGCUGGGAAACACGUUGGAUCUGUGCCAGCUUGAGGUGCCAGGAAUGGAGCAGGACACAGGAGGCCGAGGGAAAGUGCGUAGGGGCGGCUAUGGGCGGAGACUGUUGAUGAGCUUUCGCCCAUCCCUCAACGUCAGCCUCUAUUUAUUGGCGGGUUUGCUGCCCCCGGAGCAGCGGUUUUGCUCGCUGGCGAAGCACCUGGUGGAGCACUCGCACACGAGCGCACAGCUAUUUCGGAGCUACAAGGCUCGUCGCAGCCUGCCCGCCCUCAACCUUAUGUGGAACGUGAGCAGCCCCCACGGCCCGCCCGCGGUCCUGAACCACCUGCACAACACCAUCAUGCGCCUGCGUUCAGCGGUCCACGCAAACACACAACUCGACAACAACAUUACCUCCCCAGUACGACAACAUAGUUACCAUCACCAACAGUAUCCCGGUGUUAAGGAUCGUAGCUUAUACGGUCAGGUCGUAUACAGCAGUACGCCUAUCCGUGUUCACAACCACCCGCUUCCCGCCCGUGGUACCACAUCAUCAAUCGCGGGGCUGCUGGACCACAUGCUGUUGGCGCUCAUGGUGGCGCUGCCGCUCAGCUACACAACAGGCAGCUUCGUUGUCCGUGCCGCAUCCGAGGCGGCAUCGGGAGCCAAGCAGCAGCAACUGGCGGCAGGGAGGGCUUCGCCGCUAUCGUACUGGUUGUCCUUCUGGCUGGCCGAUCUGGCCUUGCACGCCAUCGUUGCGGCCGCCGUGUUGGGACUUAUGCUGCUCGGCGGCACGGAGGCUUUCGUCGGUACUCCUCCUCGCCUGGGAGGUCUGGCCGCACUGCUGAUGGCCUAUGCGUCCGCGUCUCUGCCCUGGGGCUACUGCAUCGGCCUCUACUGCACCAAGCCCGCGUCAGCGCAGGGCCUGGUGUCCACAGUGAGCCUGUUGACGGGUGUGGGACUGGCUCUGGCUCGCCAAGUGUUGGCGCACGUGCGUCGCUGGAGCUGGCUGGGGAACAUGAUGCUGCCGCUGCUGAGGCUCCUGCCGCCCUUCUGCCUUGUGGAUGGGCUCAUACAGAUGUCAUUGCUGGACGUCAUCCUGGCUCUCUCCGAGCUGCUGGGAAAGCACGCGUCCAGGAAGGGAAUGGUGCGCAGCAUUCUUGAAGGCCACCUUGUGGGCAUUGAUCCCUCCAACCCCAGCCCCUUCCAAAGAAGCGUGCUGGGAGACCAUCUGUCGUACCUCGCCUUCGACGCGGUUCUGUACGGCACCGUACUAGUGGCGCUUGAAUGGAAGGCGUCGCGCGGGGGCCUCUUCCCUGCCGUCGCAGCCGCCUGCCCUGCUGGCUCCCUCCUGCCCAGCAAUGAGCACAAAUUACAUGACGCGGAGUACGGCGACCGUGGCGGCGGCGACGCCACUACCAAUGGGACGCGACGCCGCCGGGGCACGGAGGCCCGCGCCGGAGCCGGUGAUCAAGGGCGCGAGGCAUGGGCCGCCUCUUGGGAGGCACUGGCACCGGGAGAGGAUUCGGAGGCGGUCAGGGAGUGCCUGGUGCGGGUGCACGACGUCUACAAGAUGUAUGGCACUGGCCGCGGCAGAGUGCGGGCGCUACAGGGCCUGAGUUUUGAGUUGCGAGAGGGCCAGUGCUUGGCGCUGAUCGGCCGCAAUGGCGCGGGCAAGUCAACGGCCCUUGCGGUGCUGUCUGGGCGGCUGCGGCCAUCUGGCGGGAGUGUAGUGGUAGGGGGCGUAGAGGUGGCGGGGCGACCUGAGGCUGCGCGCGCCCGGGUGGCUCUAUGUCCGCAGACCAACCCGCUCCUACCCUUCCUCACGGCCGCCGAGCACCUUACCAUGUACAGUACCUUGUAUGGCAUGGGGAAUGGUCGGAAAUCGGCCGUCCUGCCCGCUGCAGUGGCCACUGUGGCGUCGCGGUGCGGGCUGCCUUCGGAGCUGCUCCACCGACCCGCGGGUCAGCUCAGUGGCGGCUCACAGCGCAAGUUAUCCCUGGCCAUCGCGCUGCUUGGGCGGCCUCAGCUGCUGCUGCUGGAUGAGCCCAGUGCCGGACUGGACCCACCCGCCCGGAGGGACAUGUGCGACACAGUUAACAUGGCUGUCAGGGGCUGGGCGGUAACAGAGGCCGCAGUGGGUGGCGGGGCUGGCCUGCCACCACCGCCAUCCCUAGCUGUGGUUCUUACAACCCACUAUGCGGAGGAGGCGGCGGCGCUUUGUGAUUUGGUGGGGGUGCUGGAUGAGGGCAUUCUGUUGGCUUGUGGACCACCGGAGCAUGUGCCAUUGCGGCUGAAAGCGGUGAGGCCGCGGCACUACCUGGCUGAGACGGAGGAGUGGGGCCCCGUGCUGACGUCGCUGCUGAGGCGGCGAGGCCGGCCCACUGACUGGAGGGAGCCAUCCAAAGGUGGUUCGAGCGCUUGA